AUGCCUCAAACGCGAUCUCAUGACCAGAAAACCGAAGAUCGAGGCGAUGCGCCAGCCGCCUCCAACGCAACGCAACGGCACCUGGUUCCAGACAAUGCACAGCAUAUGCCAGAAUAUCCAGCGAUCGAUUUGCAGAGCCACCAAAUUAGAAUCUUACAUCUCCUCCCAGCAACGUACAACGACCCUUUGCGCUGUGUCUUAAGCACUGAAUUUCUCGAUGCAGGCCCUAGAUACCAAGCGCUGUCAUACGUAUGGGGAGAUCCUCUCGACUGCCGUUCUAUUGAGGUUGAUGGUAGACAAAGAAAUGUCACAGUCAACCUGUUCAACGCUCUUCGGCGAUUGAGAUACCCAAAAAGCGAGCGACGUCUCUGGGUGGACGCGCUAUGCAUUAAUCAAGAUAAUGAUGUCGAGAAGUCCCAUCAAGUCAAGCUAAUGAGCAAAAUCUACACGCGCACGACGGAAGCAAUACUCUGGUUAGGCGACUUCUCUGACGGGAUUAAUGCGACACCUAACUGUAUCCCUCGUGAGAAAGUCAUGAAGGCUUUCGAUUUACUCAAAUUUAUGGCCAGAGACUCUUAUGGCUGUGCCGCGGCGGACAGUGACCCAAAAACGGAAUUAUUCAGUGGCGGCUAUACUGCUUUGUCUUGUUUGGUCCAAUUACCUUGGUGGCAUCGCGCCUGGACCGUGCAGGAAACAGUUCUUCCUGCAGAUGCCACCGUGGUAUGCGGUACAGAACAAUUGUCAUUUUCUUUGUUUGUAGCGGCGCAUAACAACUCCCUUGAUCACUACUUCCUCAAUUGCUGCAAGCGGGUUGUUGUCCCCGGCUCGUUCUGGGGCCAUCUGCAGAAACUCGUCUAUGCUAAGGAAUGUCUCCGAGAAAAGAUACUAUUCAUGGGCAAUGUGUUGAAUGAUUUCAGGGACCGAAAGGCAUCUGACCCGAGGGAUAAGAUGUAUGCCUAUUUUGGACUUGGAAGUAACAUCUCGGCAGAUUAUACCCUACCACAUGAAGAGGCUUUCACCCUUGGGGUGAGAUCCCUCAUCGAAGAGUUCGGUACACUUGAGAUUAUACUAAGAGCCCCCGAGGUUAACCGUUCUCUAAGUCUACCGACUUGGGUUCCUGACUGGUCUGCCGACAUUGACAGCCAAAGUCAUAGCCUUGAGCUAGCCUGGUAUUAUCUGUACAGGCUUUACGCUGCCUGUGGAGAUGAAAAAACGCAAACCAGGAUAUCGUAUUCGCAUAGGGUCUUGGACCUACGAGGCUUGAUUUUGGAACCGAUCAUAGAACUGGGAGAUGUUAUGGAUAGUGUUGACAGCAUGAAGAAAAUGGUCCAUAGGUGGCAGGCCCUGUCAGGCGACGAGUACCCUCAAGGGGGAACAUACCAGGAAGCGUCAUGGCGUACAUUAAUGUGCGAUACGAGCCAUGGAAAGGGCCUUUACGAACGACUUGGAAAAAGAGCUAAUGCGGAAGCAAUGGUCCUCAACGAAUUCGAGCAAAUCCCCAGUGGCGUCAGCCUCAAAGCUUUCAACAAGAAGGGGUUUAUUUCAGAGACUGGUAUGAUUGGAAUUAGCAAUCUUGACAUUAAAGUAGGGGACUUCAUCUCUGUCUUGAAUGGAGGCAAAAUGCCUUUUAUACUACGACAGAUCCGGAGUGAAGAAGGUGGUGUUGCUUAUCAGUAUAUUGGACAAGCCUAUGUGCAUGGGAUUAUGGAUGGUGAGAUUAUGGAUAAAAGUCCACAGUUCGAGUGGAUUAGCCUUAUUUAA